GGGGGAGGAGACUUGCACAGUGGUAACCUUUUCAGCUGACUAUGCUACGAUGUUUAAAAAUACCUUGACAACUAUGCAGGAUAGCGGUGACUUUUCAGUGGCUGACUAACAUGGCUGACUAACUACCUGCCACGGACUCUUCAUGGAUAAUAGAGGAAAACAACAAAGGAAACACAAAAUAAAACCUCAUUAAUUAUCAACAAAGACAUUAAACAUCCAGAAAUAACAACCUGCCAUCGUUCCAUCACUUUGACUCCCAGUGCAUGUGGCCCUGAAACAUUCCUAAGAGAGGAGGUGGGGAACACAUAGGCCUACCACUAUGCACUGUAAACAGAGAGGCUGGGACUAUGGAGGUGUAGGGAGAACCAGGCCUCCAGGCAGAACUAUUCCCCUGGUGCUGGGUGUCCUGGUGGCUCUGGUCCAGGGCACUGUACCUGGGGGACCGGUAGUGGAGGGCCUGGGGGAGAUGGUGUUGGUGGACCUGGAAGCCUCCAUGCACUCCUCUGUCCUCUCCGACUUGAAUGCUGCAGCCUCUGUCACAGAGGGACCUUCCAUGGGUAUCCCAGAAUCCCUGGCUGCGGUCACAGAGGUGGCCCCCGUAGGCAUCCCAGACUCUUCAGCGGUGGUGGGCCAGGGGUUCCAGUUGAGGAUUCCACCUAGGUUGACGAAUGGCAGUUGUAAUGUUCAGUUAACUGAGGUGGGAAAGGACAGCUUACCCUCCUGGCUGCACUGGGACACUGGGAGCUGCAUCCUACAAGGCCUAGCCCUGGAGCAGGACAAAGGUGUCCACCAUAUCUCCCGCUCUGAGAUUAACAGUGGCCAUGGUCUGGAGGCCUUCUCUAUUGAGGUGCAUCUAGAAGAGCGAGCCGACACUGAGCCGGCCCUUUUUGCCCUCCAGGCUGAGAGCAACAACCUCCCUUCCUUCAUCUGUGGCAACGAGGAGCCCAUCACUGUCCUCACCAUCAUCUUGGAUGCUGACCUCACCAAGAUGGACGCCCAGCAGAGGGUAGGCCUGCUGGCCAGCAUGAAGAAGUUUUCCGGUGUCACUCUGGAGCACAUGAAGGUGGUACCCGUCGUCAACAACCGCCUGUUCGACAUGUCCGCCUUCAUGGCCGGGCCUGGAAAUGCCAAGAAGGUGGUGGAGAAUGGGGCCCUGUUGUCGUGGAAGCUUGGCUGUGCCCUUGACCAGUCCAACAUUCCGAAUAUCAACAGCGUCCAAUCACCUGCCAAAGACGGGUCCAUGUCGUUCAAGUUAGGCUACCCAGUGGUGGGCUGGCACAUCGUCAACAAGAAGCCCCACUUGGUAAAACGGGUCAGGAGGCAGCUGGGAAACACCCCCACUCCUGUGCCCUCCCCUCCCCCAACGACUCAUCCCGAGCCCCCUACUCGUAUCAUUCCUACCCCCACAUCCCCUUCCAUCUCCCUAGCCACUGACAGCUCUGUCCCCCCUGUCCGUGGCCCCUUGCCCUUGCCGGUGAAGCCCACUAUCAGGCUAAGAGAUCAGAUAGCCCACACUCCUACAAUAGGGGUUCCUCAGCCCACUAGGAUCCUGGGCACCACCAGUACCAUCCUUAUACAGCCUACUAUGACCCAGCCUGCUAUUCCAGAGGCUACUGCUCUGCCCACCCCACCAAGCACCACACGAAGGCCCAAGACUUCCACCAGCAAGAAAACCAAGAAGCCCAAGAUCUCCACUCCAGCGCCUAAGGAACCUAAAACCACGACUAAGCCACCCAGACACACCACCCAUUUGUCUCCGCUUCCUGACUACAACAACGAGAAGCCCCAGCUACGCAAUCCCAUCGACGAGGUGAACGCCUGGGUCGGGACCUACUUUGAGGUGAAGAUUCCUCCAGAUACUUUCUUCGACAAAGAGGACGGCACCACAGACAAGCUGCGUCUGACUCUGCGGAAGAACCACAACGAGGCGGUGAACGAGACCUCCUGGAUCCAGUUCAACAGCACCAUCCAGCUCCUUUACGGUCUCCCAGAGAGAGAACACAUGGGCAAACAUGAGUACUUCAUGCUGGCCACCGACAAGGCAGGCAUGAGCACCAUAGACGCCUUUGAGGUCCAUGUCAACCGUUUGUCAGUCAACGACAAACCCUCGGUCGUUUUUGCUGCCCGUUUCUACGGCGAACCCAAUACACUGACCAACGACGUGCACAAGAAGAUCCUCCUGACUAAGAAGUUGGCAUAUGCACUGGGCGACCGGAACACCAGCACAUUGACCCUGCGGAGCAUCACCAAGGGCUCCAUUGUGGUGGAGUGGACCAACAACAGCCUCCAGCAGAGCCCCUGUCCCAAGGACCAGAUCACCGUCCUCAGCAGAAAGAUCUCUGACCCCCAGGGCAGGCCAACUCUGGCCUUCUCCAAUGCCAUGGAGCCAGACUUCAAACCCAUCAAUAUCUCCGUUCGCGGCACCAACAAGUGCCAUACCUACACGUUUGUGCCCCCAGGAGAGGUGAUUAUCCCUGUUCCCCCUCCAGCCACUCCUUCCCCUGGCACGGGUCGUAGCACCAGUGACGAUGUCUACCUGCACACGGUUAUCCCGGCUGUGGUGGUGGCGGCACUACUGCUGAUCGCCGGCGUCAUCGCAAUGGUCUGCUACCGCAAGAAGCGCAAGGGCAAGAUGACCAUUGAGGAGCAGGCCACCUUUAUCAAGAAAGGCGUGCCCAUUAUCUUUGCAGAUGAGCUAGACGACUCCAAAUCCCUCCCGCCUUCCAGUAUUCCCCUAAUCCUGCAGGAGGAGAAGCCGCCCCUGCCCCCUCCAGAGUACCCCAACAUGGCUGGCCCUCACAGUACCCUACUUAACCAGGAUCCCCUGGAGUACUCCAUCUACCAGGAUGAGGACCCCAAUGCACCCCCCUAUCAGCCCCCUCCACCCUUCACUGUCCCCAUUGAGGGGAAAGUGUCCCGCCCCAAGAACAUGACAUCAUACAGGUCACCACCUCCCUACGUUCCUCCGUAACGCUCUCAAAAGCCUUGUCUUUGGGAUGGAUGAGAGCAGUUGUUUGUAUGAAAACAAUUUACGUAGGGAUUUUACACACGUACUGUAGAUUAAGAUGGCUUCGACAUGGAUGGAGUAGGCGACCACACCUGUAUGAGCGACCACUAUGAAAACGUACUGUAUAAGUCUACUACGGGCACAGGAAAACUGUACAGAGACAGUUUGAAACUCCAGCACUCUUUCUUUUGUUGUCCAUCAUAGUUGUGCUUUCGAAUCUUGCUUAAUAAUCUUUUUUUAAAUCGGUUCUUGCCAAGAAUAAUCAUUUUAUCUUUGAAGAUGUACUGUUUCUAUUGUAUAGAAAAUAAUGAAAAUGCGGAAGAGCAGGCUGCAGAGGCCUUGGAUCAAAUGUCACCAUGACAACAGACUAGGAGGCUGUCAUUCACAAAGUGAAUCUUUAUACAAAUUACAUUGUAUUGCUUUUAUUUUUCUUUGGGCUAGAUCUACUAAGAUUUUGCCACUGUUAUUUUUAGAAGGGAGUAAGACAAAAAGGCAGACUAAAACCAUGUUUUAUUUACAUCAUAAUCUACAUUUAUAUUAUUCUCUUAAUCUCUAGCCACGUUUCCAUCCACAGUUUUUCUCAGAGUAUAGUCAAUCUGUAUAAAUAAAGAUAAAAAUCAUGGCAGCUGUGAUCGAAACAGGUAGUUUCGGUUCCAUUUUAUAAAUCAUAUCGAAGUUAAUUUAUGGUGUGUGUGUGUGGUCCUCCAUGCAGUUUAUUAGGCUACAGAUCAGAUAAAUCAUUUAUGACAAACUUCACAGGAUGGUGAAAGUGCAUGGUGAUCUUGAUGCUCUUUUCUAAUAAAUAUUGAGUGUCUUAUUCUGAUGACAA